CAUAUUUGAAGUUAUUUUUGUGGACUGGACAGCAGAUAGGUAUUUAAAGUAAUCGAUACUUUGGAAAUGCGUUAAACAGCAACAAAGAAUUACAAACGCAGUAAUUUGCUACACAUCUAUUUAAGUUACGUUUAUUUUUGUGGAGACGCAACACUCAAGUAGCUUUUCAAAAAUGAUGUUCGAAGAAGACGAGUUCCAUGACAUAAAUGAAAGCGAUAAUGAAGAGGUUGACAACCCGCAAGAUCAAGAUGAUUCAGAUGAAGCUACUCCAGCUGAGUUCCAGUUUCAACAUAAUGCAGUGUCAGCGCUCAACCUGUGUCAAACCAAUGAAGCAAAAGAGCUUGUUAUAUUUAACUUACAUUACAAUUUGCAAAACAGCGAUCAGUAUGACAUAGGUGGAACAUAUACUAAGGAAAAUCCAGAUCUGUGGUUCUUUUAUACAACUUCCAUGGGUCCUAAAGUUCGUUUAUUAAAUGUUUUUGUUUGUCAACGCAACAAAGGUACAUACAAGAUCAGCAUUAGUGACAUUCCAUUUACAAUUCAAACAAGCACAUUGACACAACCAAAAAAUUCGUCUCCAUCAAAUAAUUCUGAUAUAAAUUUGUCCAUUGACAAAUUUAAAACAAAAAUAUUCCAGUCCUCUGAAACUGAUAAGUGUCAUUAUAUUACAACAUAUUGCUUCAAAUUAGAUGAUGACGAAAAUAUAAAAAAUAAAAAUGUUCACAUACCCAUACAGAUAGAACGUGACCCAAAAUGUCCAGUUGAUUCUGAUGUUUUGAAGAAAAUAAAAAAAAAUCAUUGCCUAACUGGUAUUUUUAAAAGAAAUGAAAAUACAGAUUUCAUAUUAGAGUCUAGCACAGGAAAAAAGUACAAUGUUCACAGAAUUGUAUUAGCAGCACAAAGCAGUGCUAUAAAGGAAAUUAUUAGGAAUUCAAUGACCAGUACAGCAGUUUUUGACAUAAAUGAUGAAGAAAUGGAUGUUCUACUUGAAUUCUUGUACACGGGUAAAGUAAAAUCUGUUUUUGAUGAAAACUGUUUUAAGCUUAUAGAUAUAGCUUACAGAUUUAAACUUGAAAAACUUAUAACAUUAUUACAAUUAUCAAUAGUUAAUAAUAUUAACAUUAAAAAUGCUGUGGAGAUAGCUGUUCUCACAGAAAGAUACAAGUUAGAAAGUAUACAGAAAGUUGUUUUUGAAUUCAUUAAAAAGAAUCCAGAGGUACUUGAAACUGAAGGUUGGAUUAAUUUAAAUGAUGUGGCUUUAACAAAAAAGCUGUUUAAAAAGAUAUAUGUCGGAAAUGUACAACAAUAAACAUGAAUGAUUAGUG